AUGUUGCAAGGCGUGCGUCAAGCCCUUUGGGCUCUUCUUCUUAUCGUGUCUGUCGCUCAAGCCCAAUUCAACUUCUUCGACCAAAUGUUUGGAGGCGGCGAGCAACAACAGCGCCAACAACAGCGCUCGCAACAGGCUGCCAGUGACAGCAGUCGGUAUCAGCAAAUGUGGGCUGGAGCGCAAUGCGAUAACUACCUCUGCCCUGGAACUCUUGCUUGUGUACAUUUCCCACACCAUUGCCCGUGCCCUCACCCAGAUGUCGAGGAGAAGGUCGAGCUCGGGGAAGGAAGUGCUAUUUGUGUGUCAAAAGGCGGAUUCAAGGAAGGCGAAGCUGCGCGGAAAAUCGAACUGGCCCGCAAGGGUGCCCUAUGA